AUGCUUCCACCAGAGGGUUCUGGUCCUAACCCUAACCACUGGGCCCUCUCAGAAUUACUGGGCCAGCGGAGGCUUGUGGUGUUGGGGGUGCUAGUAGCAUGGAUGGUCCUCUUCCACCUCCUGGUGAACGUGUGGCUCCUCUGUCUCUUCACCAGCCUGCUGGUGGUCCUGGGUGGCUGGCUGGGGUCCCGCGCUGCCCUGGAUGCCAACAGCCUGCUACACCUGGAGCACUUCGUCCCCCUGGGUAGAUCACAGCCGGCCCUCCACUCGCCUGAGAGCGAAUGGAGGCUGGACCACGAGAUCCACAGCGCUGUGCAUAAAGCCAUCCGAGACUUUGUGUCGUCCUGGUACCACACCAUGCUGACCGAGGAGGAGGGGCUGGGGGAGUUUGAGCACAUUAUGCGGGACGCCAUGUUGGAUUCAGUGAUGGAGCUGAAGGAGAGGGCUCGGUGCGUGGACAGGAGAGCGCUGGUCCAGAGGACCUUGGAGCUGUGUGGCUGCCACCUGCAGAGCUAUAUGACAGCCAGGGAGAUGAUGACGCAGGCAGAGGCACGGCUGGGGAUGCAGGACAGAGACCGCUCCAGCACCCCCAGCCUGUGGGAGUUGUAUAGCCAGGCAGAUGCCCCCCACCCAGCCCUGGCUAGUCCAGCUACGGAGCUCAGCUAUUCCCGGGCCGUAGUGGACCUCCUAAUGCAAGUCCUGGUCCCGUUCCCUCACCUGGAGACCAGGACAGGGAGAUACAUGGUGGGGGAGUUGAUCACCUGUAACGUCCUCCUCCCACUGGUCAGUAGGGUGUCCGAUCCUGACUGGCUCAAUCUCACCAUUGUGGACUUGUUCACCAAAGCCAAAGAAUCACCGGAUGAGUCCCUCGAUGAGCUCCCUGAUACUCUAGUCCAGCUGCACAGGAGUCAGACCCAGCAGGAGCUCUGGACUCGGACCCGUUCUACCUCCUGGCUCCAGACUCCGAGAGACCAGAACGAGUCCAGCAACAGCCCCACUCCUCCCAAGCCAGCCACUCCAGACUCCCUGGAAUCCAUGGAGUCCUACCAUACGGCAGUGCCAGAUCUGAAGGAGGAAACACGGCAGUACUGUGGGGCGAUCCUGCCAAUGCCAUGCAUUGGUUCAUCGAUCAAAAUAAACAGUUGUCAUGUGUCUAUGGAUCUGCUGAGGUCCUGCAGCGGUGGCAGCCGCCUGUAUCAGGGUGUGGACUCGGACCUGGAGUCCCCAUCGACAGAAUCCAAUCAGCUCUCUGUGGAGUCCCUAGACCAGAUGGACUCUGAGGAGGACCAGACAGACAGCUUCUGUGACUGUACCUCCCCUACCAACUUCUGCAGUGUGUUUGAAGACGAGCCGCCUGGAUGCUUCGGCAACUUGAAGGUCCUGGGACCCAAGGUGUCCGAUCAGCCCCAUUGGCCAGCGGGCAUGGCGGAAGAGCUGCACCCACGCUGCCCUGUCCCUCCGGGGAGGCUGUGUCUGACCCCCUUCAGCUUCGAACCCCUCAGCAGCCCAGAUGGACCCGUCCUUAUCCAGAACCUGAGAAUCACUGGUGCUGUGACAGCCAAGGAGCAUCGCAGCACUGGCUCACACCCCUAUACUCUAUACACCGUAAAGUAUGAGACAGUGGUUGACUCAGAGAGCCUAGGUACUCUACAACCUGUAGCCUAUCACACUGUGAACCGGCGCUACAGCGAGUUCCUCCACCUGCAGACACGCCUGGAGGAGAAGCCUGACCUCAAGAAGAUGAUUAAGAAUGUCAAGGGACCCAAGAAGAUUUUCCCUGAUCUUCCAUUUGGAAACCCAGAUAUUGACAAGGUGGAAGUUCGAAAAGGACAGCUGGAUACCUUUCUUAAACAACUGUGUACCAUCCCUGAGACGGCCAACAGCGACGAGAUGCAGGAGUUCCUGGCUCUUCACACAGACGCCAGCACAGCCUUCGAGAAGAAACCAUUUGUUAUGUCCAGAAUUGAUAAGAUGAUGGCAAAUGCUGUAGACACUCUGAAGACAGCAUUCCCUCGUGCUGAGGAUGACCUGGAUGGAGAGCCUGCUGAUGCGAGGAAUGCCCCAGAAGGAAGGAAGAGGUCUGUCCGGCUGAGGUUCUCCAGUAAAGUCGCCCCUACUCUCAAUAUACCUGAAAUCCAGCCCAAAGUCAUAUACUGCUUCAAUGAAGGGAGCACUGUGUUCCAUGGCCUGUCCCUGUCUGGUCUGGAGGGCUUUAUAAAGGACCAGGAGGCUCUGCUCUAUGCUCCCCAGGAGAAGGAGGCUGACGAGAGGAGGUUCAGCGUGCUACCUGGCAAAGACAGGAAGGGAGGUGGGGGUCGGGAGAGAAAACCUCGAGGGACAGACACGGCCGUGGCAGACGUAGCUCUGAGCAUCCUGUGUCUGCUGAUGAAGGACCAGUGGAGCUGGCUGUGCACUGAGAACAUACAGAAGACCAUCAGACUGCUGUUUGGCACCUUCAUUGAGAGGUGGCUGGACGUGGGCAUGGCCCACCUGACCAGUGCUCCCUGCUGGGUGAUCUACCUCCAGGUGAUGCAGGAGGCAGUGUGGCCCGGGGGUGUCCUCCCUGAUGGGCCCCGUCCUGACCGCAGCCUCAUCCAGAGAGAAGAGACCAGGCAGCAGUGUCUGCACUGCCUCACACAGCUACUACCAGACCUGAUUGCUGACAUGCUGGGUUCUGAGAAGUACAGGGUGAGCUGGGAUAUGGCACUGGCGUCUCUGCAGGACCCUAACAUCAACCGGCACCUGAUCUACUGUAUCUGUGACCUGCUGUUGGAGUUCCUGAUUCCAGAGUCUUCAGAGGAGGGCUUUCAGAGAUCUCUACUACACAGUCUCUUUGGGGACGAAGAGAGGCUUUCUGCUUCAGCUUGAUGACACACCAACACACAACCCCUCUCUCUGCUCCCCUGUCACUAUCUACCCUCUACCCCCUCCCAUCCUGGCUGGCUCAUCACUAUGGUAACCACGGUCCUGCUGGGUUCAUCAGAAUGGGACCAGAGCUUUACUGGAGCUUCUCAUGACAUCAGAGAAGAGAGGCGAGGAACGCUGGGAGGAGGAAAAGGGCUGGGGAGAUAGGAGGGGUGGGAGGGCUGAGAAAUGGGCUCUUGAACUCCUUACACUUUAUAGGCAACGCUCUAAAAUGACUGAUGACACUUGAUUGAAUGUAUUCUGAAGGCACUGUGUUGGUGAUUGUGCUAAUAUUGUGUUUUAAUUAGAUGCUUGUGUAGAGAAACACAUUUAUGUAAAUAUGUAUGUACAGUAUAUGCAGUAAUUAUUUGAUGUGUUUAUUUAUUUAUAUGUAAAAUGCAGUAUUUGUGAUAUCAAUAGAUAUACAGUGGGGUCUGAAAUUAUUGAUACCCUUGAUAAA